GAAGAAGAACGAGAUUGAUUGUGCUGGUGAAAACAACUGUGUUGGUGGAAAUCAUGUCGAAACAUUCGUCAUCGCAAACGCCUCGUAAAUUAAAAAUUGGCUCCGGAUCAGUUGUCUGCCAAGAGGCUGAAAUAAAAGGUGAGGUUACAAUUGGUUCUCGAACGGUCAUCCACCCCAAGGCCCGCAUAAUAGCAGAAGCCGGGCCAAUUAUUAUUGGGGACAACAACCUUAUUGAAGAACAGGCUACAAUACUCAACUCGUCUUAUCUUGACGACGAUGGACAAUCUGGCGGAAAAAUUGUCUUGAAAAUUGGAAAUCAUAACGUUUUUGAGGUCGGCAGCCAGUGUGAAGCUGUAAAUGUGGGCGAUAACAACAUCCUGGAAGCUAAGAGUAAGGUGGGCCGAUUCACAAGUGUUUCUCAUGGGUGUGUAAUAGGAGCCAAGUGUGAAGUUACUUCUCAGGAAACUUUGCCAGAAAAUACAGUGAUUUAUGGACAAUGUUGUAGUAGGAGAGUGCAAGGAGAGAGGCCUGUACCACAAACACUGCAAUUAGAUUUUCUCACCAAGAUUUUGCCAAAUUAUCAUCAUCUAAAGAAAUCUAGUCGAUCAUAACUAAAACACUCAUCUCUUGCAUCUAUUAAUCCUUGACGAAAAUUAAGGAUUUAUCUUGUAUUCCUCGCCCAAGGAGAACGCAGAUGAGAUCUUUCAUUUGGUUAUUGAAGGUGGAAUGAAACCGAGAGAACGCUAUAAAAAACGAUAAUCAUUUGGAAUCUUAACAUUGGUACCAAUCGGAGUCAGUUCUUGCGAUUGUUUGAUGUACUUAACGAGAUAGUUGAGAGGGAGAACAAAUGUUUGACAGUUCAAAGCCUGUAUGAAACCAUGUUAUUUGCCUAGCAGUUGUACAUUAUUGAAAAAAGGGAUUAUAUAGGUAUAAUAUAAAAAGUCAAAGGAACAUUAAUAAACAGGUGUCAGUUACUUA